AUGCUACUAAAUAGUUGGAAAGAGCAAGUUCAUCUUAAACGCGUGGCUCUUUCAUCAUUAUUAAUUUUGUGUUUUUUAAUAAUAAUAUCUGAUGCGAAAACUACUACAAAGUCGUAUAGUGAAAAUGGUCAACUAACAGUAGCUCAAGUUGAUACUUACUCUGACGAUACAAUUAUUAUAUUACUUAAAUCUAGUACAGGAUCAUGUUCAGACAAUACAUUACAUUUUCGUAUAAUUUCUAAAGAUGGUACUGAAACCCCAUGUGAUUAUUACAAUAGUUCUAUACCUCAAAAUAAUUUUUGUUUUCCGGCUAGUAGUAAUAUACAAAAAAGAAAUUACCAAGAGAAUGAAGAAGAUUGUGAUGAAAAUGAAAGUAAGCCAGUAGAACAUCCAAUUCAUAAGUAUCCGGAGCAUUCAGAUGAUAAACCCGAAGAUUGUACAACGACUGGCCAUUACGAAAGUAAACCAACCGAACAUCCGAAGAAUCCAGAUGAAUCUGAAGAUUGUACAACCACUUAUGAUUAUCAUGAAAGUAAGCCAACGGAACAACCAGGAAAAAAAGAUUGUAAAGAUUCUGAGGCGGAUUGUGAAAAAAAUUGUGAAAAGGAUUGUGAAAAUUCUUGUAAACAACCCGGGGAGGAUUGUGCAAAUGGUUGUAAAGAUUCUGAUGUGAAUUGUAAAAAUCUUUGUAAUUUAUAUGAAGAUUGCAAAAAUAAUUGUCAAACAUCUGUGGAUAAUUGCAAAAAAUCUUGUAGUAAUGACUUUGAAAAUUGUGGAGGAACGUCAAGUGGUGGAAAUGGUGGAAAUGGUAGUGGAACAGGAAAUGGUGGAAAUGGUAGUGGAACAGGAUCAGGAAAUGGUGGAAACGGUAGUGGAACAGGUUCAGGAAAUGGUGGAAAUGGUAGUGGAACAGGAACAAGUGGUGGAAAUGGUAGUGGAACAGGAUCAGGAACAAGUGGUGGAAAUGGUGGAAAUGGUAGUGGAACAGGAACAACACCAAAUGGCGGAACACCAAGUACAACACCCGUACCGAGUGGAAGUUCUACUAUACCAAUUUCUUCAAACGGAACCGGUAUUGUUAUACCACCAUCAAAAACUUCUGGAUCGUAUGGGUUAUAUGGUGAUAGUAUCGUUAUUUAUGCUCUAACCAAACCAUUAGUCCUUGUAACAUAUUAUUGUAAUUAUCCUUCGCAAUCCUAUCAAAGGUGUGGAAUUAUAGUAGAUUGGUCUACUAAAAGUGCUCGAGGAGAUGUGAUUACAUUUGAUAAAAGUUGUACAGCUAGCCAAAUAAUUAAAAGCUAUAAAUAUGAUGGAUUUAUGUACACAUGUUACGAUUAUACAACUAAUACUUUAACUUGGACACCAUAUAUAUUGAACACAGAUGGUUCAAUCACGAAAAGAUCAAGUGGCCAAACCAGCGAAAUUGCUCAGAUUUCCAAUAUGACACAAUUCUCAAAAUAUAUAAAAAUUUUUCCUAUUGAGAAUGAUGAUUACGGAUUAGUUUACACUAAAAUUGUGCCCCAGUCUGGACUAGGGAUAACAAGUUCAACAACUAAAUGGUCACUUUAUGCAAUGUGGAUUUCCAGCCAAGACUCUUCGAUGACAGGAGAUGUAUCUAUAUAUGAUUCACAGCCCGGUACAAAUACUACUGAUUAUAAUUUGUACCAAUGUUCUGUUGCACAUGAUUCAAUUGGAUACAACUGCUUAGUAUAUACUAAACGAACUGAUAAAACCGUAUACGUCAAUAUUAACUUUUGGAAAAAUGGUAAUGUCAAUAAAACGGAUGAAAUUAAUUUAAAUUUGCCUGCCCCAUAUACUACAUAUAAUGUGAUAGAUGUUGAGCCUUUAAGCCAUGGAGGUUAUAUUUUUAUUGCUGAGAACUCUACAAACACUGGUCAAGCUAGCAAUGUUAAAGGGUUUAUAUAUUACGAAAAUGGAACUUCGUAUGGUCCUUGGGACAUCCCUGAUUUUACAUCCAAUAGUGGAGCGUUUGGUUCAGUCGUCAGUCUCUCACCAGCUCCGAACACGGUCGUUUCGCCACCAGUUUCAGCGCUUGGCUUAACGUACGCUGUUCCAGUUAGUAAAUCCACUGGAUUUUUCAAAAUCUGGGAAGUAAACACCACUGGAGGUGAUGACAUUUUGCGUGGCCAAAUUCCAGCCUCUGAUGAUAGAGUUAAAAUUGACAAUACAAAUGUAACUGUAAGUCUGUUCCCAUUCUAUACAGCGAGUGGUAAUAAGCAAUAUUACACCACAGUAGAUGAUGACGCAAUAAAAUAUGCGACAGCAGAUCAGAAUAUUAAUGGUAUCGACAGAUUAGUGUGGAAUUUCUCUACAUCUGCGGCUAGUGAUACUUCUUCGGGUGGUGCAUCCACUAUCGUUCGUCUAACCCCCGACGGAACUAAACAAUACGUAAAUUUAUCACCAAAUGAUCAAUCCACAUUUGCCAAAAAUUUGGGUGAUGAAAUUGCCACGGCUCUUGAAUGCGAUUCCUCGCGUAUUAAAAUACCGACACAUUAUCAAUACAGUAAUUUUAAUAAUUCUGGCGAUCAAAUUUUUAUGCGUGUUAACAUCGCCCAAGGCAGUCAAAGCCAGGAUAGAGGUGCAUCUUACCUUGCUAACGACUUAAAUGACAUGAUCACGUACAAGUCUUCUUCACCAAUUUCCACUGGUACCAAUUCCAAAAACCUUGAUCAAUAUAAUGGUGCUUGGUUAUUACCUGUCUUAUGGAAUAGAUACAAAUAUAUCCUUAUUGGCGUCUUUGUUGGACUUGCGUUGUUAGGUCUUUUAUGGUGGCUUGCAUGUCGUAGACGCUACAGUAGAUUUGGAAAAGCGAAACGUCGACAAUAUGCGAUGCUUAACUUCUUGACCAUUUUUGUGUCUACGUUGAUAAUAGUGGAUCUCGUAUUAGACAUUUUAUUUAUUGUUUUUCAUGGAAAGGAUGAAAAGUGGAUUUUGCCUGUCAGUCGCGAACUUAAUGAAGAUAAAUAUAGAAAAUGGUGGCAAAUGCAUAGUCGCACUGCUCUAGCUACAACGCUUUUAGCCGGACUUGAUGUCGAAGCUUUGAACGUGGCAUCUUCACGCACUGCUAGCAUUGGUUCACUAAACGCACCUUACUCACCAGAAGCAGAUAGGCGGAUUUUCUAUGCUACUACUAUUCUUCUACUUAUUGAAGACGUGCCUCAGUUUAUAUUUUUGAUCAUUUAUCAAAAAGUUACUAUCAUUCCGGCCAUUAUUCCUAUUCUUGUACUUUCUUCAUGCUCUAUUCUCAUAGUUCUCAGAGUCAUAUCAAUAAUAUAUCUUGCAUUCUUCUGUGAACGAGAAUGGCGAUAUGAGGAUGAAAUUCUCGACGAUGAACCUAAGAGAGAAGCUUAUGCUGAUGCGUCUUCGGAAAAACCACCAAAGAAAACGGAUAAGAAACCAGAUAAUCGGCCACUAGGCCAGACACAUAUAGUUACACUUUCGGAUCCAGAUCCACUUAUAGAUAUUAGAGAUAGCCAUGAAAAGCCUCCAGGAAAGCAUCCAGCAUUUGUCGAACCUGGUAUAAUGUCCGAUGUAAAGAAUGGAAAGAAAGGAAAAGAUACUUCCAAAGCCCAAGAAUCCAAAACACUUCGCCCCCCUGGCACUGGAGUAGGAGCGCGUAUAAGUGACAUUAGUAGUGAUGUUGAAAGACCAAUAGGAAAAUACACUGAAAGUCAAAUGAUGGACUUACCAUCAGAUGGUCAUUUCGAAACUAGAAGAACGCAAUAUGUAGUUGAUGGCAUCACCCACAUCAGAGAAGAACAGGUUUAUGUUCCUGAAACAACUCGUGAAGAAUUUGACUCUCAGCAUGAUGUGCAUCGAUCACAUAGACAAGGUGAUGGAGGCGAAAUAAUUGUUGAUGAACGUACUUACACUCUAGGUGAUGCUCCUAAUAUUACAAGUGACACUCAUCGACCACAAAUGCAAAUUAGCCAAGGUGAUGCACCUGAAAUAAUUCGCUCACCUAUGAGUACAAGGGAACAAACAACAACUUACCAUUCACCAAGUAGUCAAACAACUACUACGACAACUACUAUAAGAGGAGGCACUCCAACAACUACUACAACCACUUGGCUAGGUGAUCAAGAAUUCCGAGAAUUGCAAGGCGGAAAUCAAGGCGGAAAUCACGGCGGAAAUCACGGUGGUUCUCGUACAUAUACAACAGAGGAGACACACCAAUUACCUGGAGGAGUAACUGAGACAGUCUAUACAACUACCACAGAAAAUAGUGGUCAAGAGUUCCGAGAAUUGCAAGGCGGAAAUCACGGUGGAAAUCACGGUGGUUCUCGUACAUAUACAACACAGGAGACACACCAAUUACCUGGAGGAGGAACUGAGACGAUCUAUAGAACUACCACAGAAACAACUGAAGAAGAAACUGAAUAA